AUGUGGUCCAGAGAUAUUUAUUGCCUGGAGCCAUUACAAGAUGAAUAUUGUUGGGAGUUAUUUGCAAACCAUGCAUUUAGCGGCCAAUGUGUUGAUUCAGAACUUGAAUCAAUUGGUAGAACAAUUGUUAGCAAGUGUGGAGGCUUGCCUUUGGCAAUAAAGACAUUGGGAAGUUUGCUGGGCACAAAACCAACUCCACAAUAUUGGGGUGAAAUUUUGAAGAGUGAUAUUUGGUCCUUAUCAGAGGACGAGAGCAAGAUAAUCCCAUCUUUAAGGCUGAGCUAUCAUUAUUUACCUUCUAAUCUCAAGCGUUGCUUUACAUUUUGUUCCAUCUUUCCAAAAGAUUACUUGAUAGAGAAGGAUGUUCUUAUUCAGUUGUGGAUGGCUGAAGGUCUGUUACAUUCUGCUCAAACAAGUAAGAACUUUGAAGAAGUGGGCAACAAAAUCUUCAAUGACCUACAAUCCAGGUCAUUUUUUGAACCAUCAAAAAAGAAUGGCAAUUACUUCAUGAUGCAUGAUCUUUUGAAUGAUUUAGCAAAGUCUGUGAUGGGAGAGUUUUGUGUUCAGCUAGAGGUUGGUCGGGUGCAAGAAAUUUCAGCGAAGGCUCGAUACUUUUCAUUUAGACGCAGAGCAACUGAAAAUCUGGAAACUUUUAAGAAUUUCAAAUGCCACCAAUUACGUAGUUUCAUCCUAUUGGAUGGCUACGUAUUUUUUGACGAAAAUGAUAGACUAUCUAGACUUUCUCAUCUCAAUUACAUACGAGAGUUAUCUUUGGCGGGAUGUACAAAUUUCCAAGAGUUGGUAGAUGAUAUUGGCAAUUUAAAGCACUUGCAUUAUCUGGAUCUUUCUGAGACUUCAAUAGAAAAAUUGCCAAAUUCAAUGUGCUUGCUAAUUAAUUUACAAACAUUGAGAUUAAGGGAUUGUCAUUGCUUGGUUGAGUUUCCAUCAAAUUUUCACAAGCUCAUCAACUUGCGUCAUCUUGACUUGGAUGGUUGUGAUUCCAUAAAAAAGAUGCCAAAACAUAUGGGAAAGUUAAAUCAUCUCCGGACAAUGAAUCAUUUUGUUGUGGCAAAGAAAGGAGGAGCAUGCUUGAAGGAACUAGGUGCCUUGAACCAUUUAAUGGGUUCACUGACCAUCUCGCAUAUGGAGUACAUAAACAAUCCCAUGGAUUUGAGAGAUGCCAAUUUAAAAGAAAAUUUGGAUAAAUUAUGUCUAAAUUAUAAGUGGUAUGACUAUAAUGGUGAAGCAGGACCACAUCGAGAAGACAUAUUAGAAGGGCUUGAGCCAAAUAAUAAUUUAAAAGAGAUCAUUGUUGAAUAUUACGGAGGUACCAAAUUGCCAACCUGGUUGGGUGGUUCACACUUUUUACCCAAUUUAGUGUCUUUAUCUUUGGCACGUUGUGCCAACUGUGUGAACUUACCAUCACUUGGGCAGCUACCUACUCUGGAGAAACUUGAGAUUACAAAAUUGCAUGGACUAAAGGUGAUAGGGGAAGAGUUUCAUGGGAAUGACUCCUCCAAUGCUCCAUUUCGUCGCCUUUCAUAUUUAAUAUUUUAUGACAUGGAAGAAUGGGAAGAAUGGAGUAUUUGUCGGGAAGAUGAGAGUUUCCCGUGCCUUCAAGAGCUUCAUAUAUAUAAUUGUCCUAAAUUGAGAAAGUCUCUACCUCCACACCUUCCUCGUUUAAAAAAAUUAUCCAUAAUUGGCUGUAGAAAUAUGGAGGCAACACUUCCCAUGUCUUCUUGCACGGAACGUAUAUGGUUGAGGAGCUGUUAG